AUGGACAAAGCCCCCGUGCCUUUGACAAAGGACGACCGAGAGUUGCUCGAAAUUGCCGAAGGGAGCCUCAGUACAGCAGCUGAUCUGAGAGCAGAGCUGGACAAGAUUUCCGGCUCAUUAUCUAAGGGCAAGGCGGCUGCUGCGUUUCGAGCAUGGCUGAAGGCAGCCACAGGAGGCAGAAGACGGAUAGAGAAACUCGACAAGAUUAUGCGCUCUCGUCAAGCUGUUCUCGAGACCAGACUCCUUAUUCGACUCUGUACCAAGACCGAUGCCAUUCUCAUCCAGAAUCGGGAUGAUUUCAACAGCCUGAAUGCAAUCUUGCAAGGCUUCGUCCAGGCCCGCGGACGCGAUCAGACAUCCCUCGACAAGCUCAUCCUAGAGAAGUCGGCUUCACUGACGGCACAUGUUAGCAACGAAGUGGCACAACUGCAACUGGCGACCGCAAGAAACAUUGCAUCUGAGUCUUCGAGAAUGCAAGGACACAUCAACUCGCAGAUGGAGCACCUGAUGCGCGCGGAAGCCGCAGUGAGGGACCAAGAAAGACUUUCUGAGAGCCUGGUAUACCCGAGCAUGAACGAACGGAAAAACAGCAUUCAAAGGCCCCAUGAAGAUAGUUUUGAAUGGAUAUUCCACCCGGAAUACCUUGAUGCGAGAGAGACCGAAGACUGGACUUUCGAGAGAGAAUCUCGACGCUGGGAUGACUUCAAAACAUGGCUUCAUACUGAAGACGAACAGCCAUAUUGGAUCCGUGGCAAAGCCGGCUCCGGGAAGAGCACUCUCAUGAAGUUCCUCAUUACGCAUCCGGAGACGAAGGCUACUCUAGAUGCUUCGCAACCAAGUUCUGUUGUCGUUUCCCAUUUUCUCUGGGCCCUUGGACAAGCACUUCAGAAAAGCAUCAAGGGCAUUUUCUGCUCGUUGCUCCAUCAGCUUCUUCUUGAGGACCAGGGGCUGCCUAAUCAGGUCUUGGAGACAUUUGCCUACGCGAGGCUCAAGAGGAGCACCAGUGACUGGUCAAGCGAGGAGCUAGAGACUUUGCUUGUCUACGCAUUAUCGGCACACUAG